UACCGCGGUCACACUGACGCUGCUGCUCGCAAAUUUCUUCGAGAGAUACUUCUACGCUAAGUGCAUUUACUAGCCUAACAAAAUGAGCAAGUCGACGGGCAAUGCACCACCGCAGUUCACGUAUGUGCCGCCACCAUCGGCACCGCCAUCCUACCAGGAGGCUGUGGGCGGCGUCAAGCCAGUGGGUCCGUACACGCCCGUAGUGGCACCCGCAACCGCCGGAAAUGCAACAAUUGUGACCACAGUGGUGCCCAUUAGCCGCACAUCGACGCACAUGAUUUGUCCGUCUUGCCAUGCCGAGAUUGAGACGACCACACGCACGGAGCCCGGCAUGAUUGCCUACUUGUCUGGCUUUGUGAUUGCAUUGCUUGGCUGCUGGCUGGGAUGCUGCCUGAUACCUUGCUGCAUUGACGACUGCAUGGAUGUGCAUCACACGUGCCCCAAUUGCAAGGCGUACUUGGGACGCUUCCGUCGAUAGGCGGUCGGGCUUUUAAUUUAAGCAAGCGCUUUGCCUUUAUUUAUUUAAUUGUAGUCAUUUGGAUUCCACAAGCGGAAGCGGAUGUAAAGAAAAGAAAAGAAAUGAAACGAAACGAAACGAGCCAAUGCUUCCAUUUAAUCAAACGCUAAUACUUUGCUGAAUUGCUCAAAAUUGCAUCCUUAAAGACAAUUUUUUUCUUGUUUGCUAUUAUGUAUCUGUAUAUGUUUUUGAUGCCACGCCACACGCGCGAAUGAUACCUUUAAAAACAACAAAUAUGUAUAUUGUAUGUACAUAGCUGCCACACAUCAAAUACAAAAUCUAACGAAUCUGCAGCUGUAUGUACUUAUAAGGCCCCUUCCUGCGCCCUUGAAAUACUUUUGCACAAAAUGAUAAAUUCAGUUUCUGUUAUGGAAUGGAACCAAUGUAACAAAUGGCACAAGUCCAUCCACACAUAUUGUAUGUAAUAGAGUUUACUAAUUUUAACGAGAGACAAAUUGCAAUACAAGAUAUUUUUGUAAACGUUUGUAAACGGACCGGGCGGUCUUUGGCGGUCUAUUAUUGUAAAAGGCUACACAUCAGAUAUACAACACCCCAGCUCUAAA